GAAUUUUCAAAUAAUGAUAACGAUUUCAAGUAAAGUAUUAAAAAAAAAUAAUUUUAUCUCACGCUAUUGAAAGUUUUUUUGAUGUAAAAUUGUUUUAAAGUUUAAUUAAAUUUUUCUAAGAUAAAAUUGAAUAAAACAUGGAAGAAAGACGUCUUCUUAUUCUGUAUGGUAGUCAAACUGGCUGUGCCCAAGAAGUUGCUGAAAGAAUAUGGAGAGAAUCUAAAUGGCUUAAAUUAAGUGGUCCUGUAAUUGCAAUGGAUGAUUAUCCCAUUAAUAAACUUAUUUUUGAAAAAAAAAUUAUUUUCGUUUGUUCAACUACUGGUCAAGGUGACACACCAGAUAAUAUGAAGUAUACUUGGAAAUUUUUGCUGAGAAAACAAUUGCCUUCAAACUCUUUAGCCAAUGUUGAAUUUGCUGUUUUGGGCUUGGGAGAUAGCUCAUACAAUAAGUUUAAUUUUGCUGCUAAAAAAUUAUAUAGACGUCUAUUACAGUUAGGUGGCAAACCUUUUUGUGAUGUUGGAUUAGCUGAUGACCAACAUGAUAUUGGAGCAUUUGCUGUCAUCGACCCUUGGAUAGAAAAUUUAUGGACAAUUUUAUCAAAAAAAUAUCCAACAUUAAAUGAAAAUUAUUUUAUGAAUAAAAACCAAUUGCCACCUCCGAGAUGGGAUAUACAUAUGAGUGAUACUUUAAAUGUUAAUGGAGAAUUACAAAAUUCUGAUUUGCUGAAACAAAAUUCUUCUUUACUACAUUGUUUAUCUAAUGAAAGGAUAACUGCACCAAAUCAUUUUCAAGAUGUUCGGUUAAUUAAAUUUGGUUUUGUUGAAAGUAAUUUUAAGUAUACAUCAGGUGAUGUUUUGAUGUUACGUCCAGUAAAUUCUGAAGUUGCUGUUAAUAAUUUUUUUAAACUAUUUGAGGAAAAUAAAGUAUUAAAUAUCAAUACUCAUUCUAUGCUGUCUAUAAUUCAGAAAAGUCAUGACAUGCCUGUUCCAUACAAUUUGAGUAAACCAUUUUCUUUGUAUCACUGUGUAAAAAAUUAUUGGGACUUAAAUGUAAUACCUAAUAGAUAUGUAUUUCAAUUAUUAUUUCACUUUACUGAUAGUGAUUUAGAAAAAGAAAAAUUUCAAGAAUUUAUUUCAUUUGAAGGUCAAGAAGAACUUUAUAAUUAUUGCAACAGACCAAGAAGAACUAUUUUAGAAGUGCUAAAUGAUUUUCCACAUGCGAUAUCUAAUAUUUCUCUAUCAUAUUUGUUUGAAAUAUUUUCUCCAAUACGACCAAGAGCAUUUUCAAUUGCUUCUGCUCCUUCUGUACAUCAAAAUGAAAUUCACAUCUUAGUGGCUGUUGUUAAAUAUAAGACAAAGUUAUUAGCUCAAAGAGUUGGCUUAUGUUCAACCUGGCUUGCUACAUUAGAAAUUGGAGAUAAAAUUCCAGCUUGGAUUCAAAAAGGCACUUUUAAACUUCCAUUUAGCCAAUCUUGCAAUAUCAUAAUGAUUGGGCCAGGUACUGGUGUUGCUCCUUUUAGAAGUUAUAUUCAUGAAACUUUAAGUAACAGAACUGGUAAUGGUAAAUCAUUACAUUUAUUUUUUGGAGCAAGAAAUCGAUUGGGUGAUUUUUAUUUUGAAGAUGAAUGGAAAAAAUUAAUCAUUGAAAACAAGUUAUUACUAUAUACUGCAUUUUCUAGAGAUCAAAACUAUAAAGUAUAUGUGCAACACAAGAUAAAAGAGCAAGGGGGAAAUUUAUAUAAACUACUUACUGAUUCUGAAUGUUAUGUGUUUAUUGCUGGGAAUGCUAAAAAUAUGCCAGAUGCUAUAAAAACUGAGUUUGCUAACAUUUUUAUGAAGUAUGGAAAUUUAAAUAAUGAAGAAUCUAUUAACAUCAUUAACAAUAUGGAACACAAUGGACGUUAUCAAACAGAAACUUGGAGUUAAAAUUUUAGUUAUUAAAUAUAUUUUAAGUUAAGUUAUAA